GUCUUCUCUCUAGUCUCUCUCUUCUCUCUCUGCUCUUCCGCUUCCCUUCUUCCGGUCAUGGCCGUCUUCCGACGGGGCCUUCCGAAGUCCGGCUACCAGACCGCGAUCUGCGCCGCCAAGGUAGCCUUCCUUCUCGCUGGAAUCUUGUCCAUUGCCGCUGUCGCCAGGAUCGCCGUCCCCUACGCCGCCUCUCUUCUCGCCUCCGCCGUACCCCGCACCUGGGAUGCCCUCAGCACCUGGCUCGUCCCCCCUUACCUCUUCAUCACCGUCCAUCUCAUCAUCAUCGUCAUCUGGAAGCUCUCCGACCACAAACACCACCACCAAACCCACUCGUGGCCCGCCGACGACAUGUCGCCGGACGCUCCCCAACCCCUCAAGCCCAAAUAUCUCGGGGCUGCUCCUCUUCUCACCAAGCCCUCGACGGAGAUCUGGCGCGAAUUCUCCCACCACCCGCCGGAAUCCGAGGCGGCGACGCCGGCUAUGGCGAAGGAACCCGCCGAUCCCUCACCGCCGUCGGACGCGUCGUGCCUCACGACGGAGUCCGACGAGAAGUCCACCGCUUCGUCACGCCUCGACAUCAAGAAAAGUAUCGUGUCGGCGCCGGAGAGUGUCGAGCCGGUGGAGGAGGAGGAGGAGGAGGCGCCGGUGCCGGUGCUGGAGAUCGAGGAGAACAACUCGAUGGACGACACGUGGAAGGCGAUCAUGCAGAGAUCGAGUUCCUCCCGGUCGGAGGCGGCGGCCGGAAGGGGGAUAAGGCUGCCGGAGGUGGUUAGGGCGGCGCCGGUGGUGGCGGAUCCCGAUGAGAUGAAUCGGCGGUUCGAGGAUUUCAUAAAGAAGAAGAAAGAUGAGAUCCGGCUCCAGAGGCACGAGUUGGAUUAGCGGCAGUUGGAGAUGGUUAACCGCUCUUUUCACUAAUUAAUCCCACCACCCGCGUCAUUAUCCCGUCCCUUCCUUCUUUAGUAUCUAUUAAUUAGUCCUUUAAUGAACAUUAGUGAUGGAGAUCAAAAGGGCAAGAUGGAUGGAUUAAGCUUCCUCUCUCUAUUUCAUUUUUUUUUUGUCAUCAGAUGGAGAGAAGAAGAAACCCAAAUUUCAGGCUUUUUCUUUUUUUGGGAAAAAUGGAUGGAUGACGUAGGAUGGAAGCGACUGCUUUGAUGACAGAGGGGGUGGUUUUGGUGCUUGGCUUGUCUUCGCCUUUUUGGUCUUCCUCUUGGUAUUAUUAGAUUACUGUUUGCUAUAGUUGUUUUGCUGAUAAUACCAGUUUGCAGCUGUUGCUGUUUAUAGUGUGUUCAUAGCAUGGUGUGUGUUAUGUAAAUUUCUAUAAUUACUGGGUGGAAUGUUUGUGAUCACUGCUUAAUAUAAAGGCCUCAUUAAUUUUAAGGUAU